AUGGGCUGUAUUGUCAGCUGGAAGCCACCAGAACGAGCCGAGUAUCAAUUCAAGUCGAGCCAGUGUCAUGUGCGGACCAACUCCGCGGAACGUCGCGUAAACAAUGCGGCCCCCGUGUCUGGGAUGAUCUCACCGCCUUUGCCGUCGCGUGGGAGGGAUCAACAGCAGCCUCCCUUCGCCAAGCACCGGUGGACGGGCACGCCAAUGCCAACCGUUCUCGCUUUGGAGAUGCGACGCUGUGUUUCCAUCCAUGACGGGCGAGCGCUGACACCGUUCGACGUUCUUGCUCGACGAGCAGCUCAGCCGGUGAAUGUUAUUAUUUUUGCCAACCUGUCCACUUGCGCAACCGAAUUCCACCGAUCUCCACAGACCGUCUGCUAG